GGUAGAUGAAAGAGUUUAUAGAGAGGGAGGUCCACCAAGUCCGCCGGUAUGACGCUCCGAUGACGGAUUUCCCGGAAAUACCCAAUAAGAUCAUAACAAAUUAUCAUCCAACAGUCCACAAUAUUCCACGUGUCCAUCCUUAUUGGUCCCGCCUUUGCCGACGGCGUCAAAGCCCACCGGUUUCUUUCAACCGGUGAUGAAUCAAAAAGCCCAAUUCCUCCGUUUAUAUAUUCCGUCAAUUUAUAUCGCCUCCGGUCAAGUCUCAAAGCCCUAACCUAACCGUACCCCCUUUCUCUCUCCUCUUUCUCUCUCUCUCUAUCUCUACAGAAGAUCAUCGGAGAUCUCAUCAAUUCGAUCUAUUCCAUGGAAGACGACGAUGAAAUCCAAUCGCAUCCGUCUCCAGAUUCCGGAUCUCCGAUUUCACCUCCAUCCAACGGCCGGAUUACUGUCACCGUCGCCGCGGCGCCGCCUCAGAAGCCUCUCACUCUAGCUUUGCCGAUACAACAAGGAGGAGGAGGAGGAGGAGGAAGAACUCCCGCCGCCGCCAACGGCGGUGGACGAGAAGAUUGCUGGAGCGAAGGAGGUACGAAACUGUUAAUCGAUGCUUGGGGAGAGAGAUACUUGGAGCUUAGCAGAGGGAAUCUGAAGCAGAAACAUUGGAAGGAAGUUGCGGAUGUUGUAAGUAGACAGGAUGAUUACUCUAAGACGCCGAAGACGGAUAUUCAGUGUAAGAAUCGUAUCGAUACGGUGAAGAAGAAGUAUAAAGCUGAGAAAGCGAAGAUUAGCGCCGGCGGCGGUCCUAGUAAGUGGUUGUUUUAUGAUAGACUUGAUUACUUGAUCGGUCCUACUGCUAAGAUCGGUGCAUCUCCAUCUUCAACUGGAGCUCUUAAGAUUGUACCUGUUGGUAUCCCCGUCGGUUCUCGAUCGGCUAACCAAUUCCAACAACAACAACAGAAGAAGCCGAAGCAGAAUCUCCGUAGACGAGCGCCGGUUGAUUCUGAUUCAUCUCAUUCUGAUCCAGAACCUUCACCUGAUUCAACUGAUAGUUUUCCUCCAGAGUCUUAUGAAAGAAAAAGACCAAGGAUUAAGAAGAGAGAUAUGAAUUCUAUUGUUCCACCAUUGCAUCAUAACAACCACCAUCAUCAACAUCAUCAACAACAACAACAACAACCGGUAGCUCCUACUCCUGCUCCUCCUAAUCGAGUGAAGGAUAACAGCGGUGGUGGUGUGAAAGAAGAGACGAACAGGGGGAAUUCAGUAAGGGAGCUGACUCGUGCGAUUAUCAAAUUUGGGGAGGCGUUUGAACAAGCUGAGACUUCUAAGCUACAACAGGUGAUGGAGAUGGAGAAACAGAGGAUGAAAUUUACAAAGGAGCUUGAGUUACAAAGAAUGCAGUUUUAUAUGAAAACUCAGCUUGAACUUUCUCAGAUUAAACGUAGGAGAGUUGGGAACAACAACAACAACAACAACAAUCAUCACCAUCUUAACAACAACAACAUCAUCAACAACAGCAUGGCGAACAACAACAACAAUAAUAGCGAAAGCAGCAGUUAGCAGCAGCGUCAAUUUUAGUAAUAGAUUUAAGUGGAAGGGGGAAGAUGAAGAAGAGGAAGAACAGGAAGAAGAUUACUCUGCAGGCUUAUUACAGGUUUGAGAAAUUUGUAUUACUAGUAGUGAAUUAAAAUAAUUAUAUUCUUACUAAUUAGCCUUGUUGAAGAUCUUGAUGAAUGUUUGAUGAUGAUGGAGUUUCAUUUGUAAUUUAAAUCAUUGUUACUCAGCC